AUGUUUCUUUUUAAGAAUUAUGGUAUCCUAGGUAAACCAAUUGAUAAACGUCAAUAUGGAGGUAAUCGAUUAAAGUUUAUUCCGAUAUACGCUGAUAAUAUGCGAAGACAUCCAUUAUUUUCUCGAUUCAAGACAGAAGUGGUGGCAGUAGCUCUUGCCUUCUGGGAGAAAGCAUUAAGUGUAAGAAAACCACCGAACAGAAAGCUGCUAAUAGAAAGAGGAUGCGUUGAACCAUCUUACUUCAGAGAUAGAUCAACAGGCAAAUUAUUUUGCAAAUCACAAUGCAGACCAAGAGCUUUAUGCUAUGACCAUGAAGUUCCAAAUGAAUAUGCUUCCGGAUGUGCUGUAGGAACUGGGAGUGGAUAUAUCAGAGAUGUUUAUCAAGAUGGUUCAGGGUUUGCACCAAAUGAAUAUGUUCUCUUUAUCUCAAGUGAUAAUAAUAAAGGUUGCCUAUCUGGUAUAACAUUAGCUUAUGCUGGUCCAUGUGAAAUGCAUCCUACAACUGAUAGACCAAUUAUGGGAGCGAUCAAUUUCUGUCCACAAAAGAUGGAAAUAGAAGAACCUGGAAAAACUAUGUUGAUUGGUACAGCUAUUCAUGAAUUGGGUCAUGCUAUGGGAUUUUCAAGAUCGAAUUUCGCUUUGAUGAGGGAUCUAAGUGGCAAACCAUUAACACCAAGAGAUCCUAGAACAGGUAAACCAAAAUUGAAUCAUCAAAGGCAGUAUGAUGCAAGUGAAAAUACUGUUAAACGCAUCGUUCGUCCAUGGGUUACAGCGGUUGGAUCUUUUAUAAAACCUUUCUCAUCAUUUGUUACACCAAUGUUACUGAAUGAAGGACGAAAACAUUAUAACUGCCCUAACUUGGAUGGGAUCGAUUUAGAGAAUGAAGGUGGAGAAGGAACAGUUGGUUCACAUUUUGAAAAGCGAACAGUUGGUGAUGAAAUAAUGGCAGGUGUGACAGGAGUGAAAACUGUCGUUUCAAGAUUAACAUUAGCAUUCUUCCAAGAUUCUGGUUGGUGGGACGUCGAUUUUUCAGUUGCUGAAGACUGGAAUUAUGGGAAGAAUUUAGGCUGUACCUUUGUCAUGGAAAGCUGCUACGCAUACAUGCAUAAAAUGAAGCUAGCAAAGAAAGGCAUGGAACCUUACUGUGAUGAAGCGGAUUCUUUGAUGUGCUAUCAUCAUAAAGCUUUUGGGACUUGUGGCAUAGGACAAUAUAUGAAGUAUUUACAACCACAAGAACAAUAUUUCAAAGGUUCUCCUGAUGUUGGAGGUACCGGUGCAUUGGUAGAUAAAUGUCCUCUUAUUGAGCCAAUGAAAAAAUUUUUCCAAGAAGAAUUUAUGACCUACUGUGAUCAUAGUUUAAAUAAUCCAAUUGCACAAAAAGGAAAUUUCUUUGGUCAAACUUUCGGUAAUAAUUCAAUAUGUAUCAAUCAUAAAGGAACUUGGAAAGCUGAAUGGAAUGGAAAACUGACACAAGAUCCUCGAGUUAAAGCAACUUGUCAUCAGUACUUAUGUUCUGGUAGUGGCCAAGUCAUUGUUGAUGGUAAAAGAUUUUCAUGUUAUUCUGGUAUAGCCCAAAUAAAAACUAGUCGAAUUGAAGGAGAAGCAAUCUGCCCUAAUCGUAAUGAUGUUUGCAGAGUAAGGAUUAUUCAAAUUAUUUGCUAUGUUCAUCGAUCUUAA